AUGGUCGGUCCUGAAGCGCCAGGCUAUAUCGAUGUACCACAGUCAAUUCAACCAGAUCUACCCCGUCGACCACAGGUCAAAGGCACUCUACCUGUCCCUAGAGAGCUGUUUCCAUCCCGCCGACCAGAUAAACCUACCGAAUCAUACAUCGCCGAUGCUACACCACUGCCGUCUAGCGACACUCCAAAGGUCGCACCAGGCCAUCCCCAGUAUGAACAGCUCGAAUGGAGGCGGAAAAUGGCUGGUGUUAGGAGGAAGCAUUUGCGUGAAGGUCUUCUAGAGCUUCAUGAACGCAAGAAAUCUGCUCACCAGAGAAUGGUUGCGCGAAGCAAUGCCAAAGAGAAGCGUCGAACUCAGAUCCUCAAUCAACCAGAGCGAGAUGAUGACCGACUCACAGCCUCGACCACUGUUUCGGCGAUGAAACCUUUAAAAUGCAAAGUACUCCCAAAUCCAGGCGCAGAAGAACGGUUGGCCCGAUCUAUGGCAAAAGUCAAGGAGAUUCAGGAGGCUCGGCGUCACGACGUGGUGAACUCGAUUCACGAGCUUUAUUUGAAUGCGCAGCAGUUUAUCAUCAACGAAGAGCAACUUAACGCCGAGAUCGAUCGUGUAUUCCCUAUUGACAACAACCCUGACUGGGCUAACGGACGCCGCACUGGAGAGAACAUCUGGAACUUGGGACCUCCACCUACAAUGGCUGUCCUAGGUAACCAGACGAAGGACGAACUGACUAAAUGGGAGACUGUACAACGGCGAACCAAGAGGCUUGCUGAGGAACUUACUGGAAGCAAGAUAUGA